AUCACAACGUCGAAUCCUGUUUUUGUGGCUGGAGGAGGAGUUGUGAGUGAAUUCUGGAAGAAAUUUUUGGAAAACAUUUAUUAUUUUGUUAUACUUUAAGUAACAUAUGAAUCGUUAAGAUUAAAGUUCAGUUGCUGUUUACUUACUGAAACUGUUGUGAUUUUCGUGACGUUUAGAACGGGUACUCACAAAAAUGAUGGCUGGCAAACGAGCGAAGAAACCACUUCCUAAGUUCAGUAUAGUGGCUGAAACAACUCCACCUGUUACUCCUCCUAGAGAUUUGGACAAACGUACUAACAUUACAAUUGGGGACAGAGUGUUCGAAGUUGAAGCAGAUGACCUUGAGACCUUAGGACUUCUGGGCCAGGGAGCUUAUGGAAUUGUCGAGAAAAUGAAACAUAAGAAUACCGGAACAAUAAUGGCAGUCAAAAGAAUACCUGUAACUGUUAAUACUCAGGAGCAAAAGAGGCUCUUGACGGAUCUUGAUGUUUCAAUGAGAACAGCCGAUUGUCCCUACACAGUGACAUUUUAUGGGGCUCUUUUUCGAGAAGGAGAUGUGUGGAUAUGCAUGGAGUGCAUGGACACAAGCUUGGACAAAUUUUAUGUUAAAGCAUACCAGCAUGGGAAAAAUAUAGAAGAAGAUGUCCUUGGACAAAUUGCAUUUGCGGUUGUAUCUGCUUUACAUUAUCUUCACAGCCAACUGAAAGUAAUUCACAGGGAUGUAAAGCCAUGCAACAUAUUAAUUGACAGAACUGGGCGUGUAAAAAUAUGCGAUUUUGGCAUAUCUGGUUAUUUAGUUAAUUCUAUUGCCAAGACAAUCGAUGCUGGAUGCAAGCCUUAUAUGGCGCCCGAAAGGAUCGACCCCACGGGAAGUCCCGAUAAGUACGACGUCCGGUCUGACGUUUGGUCUCUAGGAAUUUCAUUAGUGGAGUUGGCUACAGGAAAGUUUCCUUACAGUCCAUGGAGAACACCAUUUGACCAGGUAAAACAGGUGGUUGUAGGUGAUCCACCUCGCCUGCCUUCUGGUCGAUUUUCUCCCCAAUUUGAAGAUUUUGUAUCAAAAUGUUUAAGGAAAAAUUAUUUGGAAAGACCGAAUUAUCGACAAUUGUUGGAGCACCCCUUCCUGCUACGCCAUGCACAGCAGGAAACAGACGUGUCCUCAUUUUUCAAAGAAGUGCUCGAUCUACCAGACGAGGAGCUCAAGACAAGCAAGAAGACGGUCGUAUAAAAUCUCCCCCCUCCCCACAAAUAAGAACUUGUCGUAAAAUCGUUCUCAAUUACACACCAUCCCGCAUCA